GCUGAGGCUGACGAUCACGAUGGCUACAUAUUCGGGAAGAGGUCGAGGCUUUUGCCUUUCCCGGUGUUAGCAUGACCUUCCCACGGUCUCGCGGCGACGGAGUCAGUAGAUGGUGCUGCGCGAUGGUGAAAAGAAUGGCUCUGCGGAAAUGGGAUCCACAUCGAUAUCCAGAGCUUCGAUAAAAUUAAUAUCAAGAUCUCGCCGCUUGAUCACAUAAGGUUCUACUUGUUGCACUUGCAGUGACGCAAGAGAGAUCUAUACGGCCAAGGAAGGAACUGCUCUAUUGAGGGCAAGAGGACACGUCUCAUGCGAUCGAUCCUUAGUGUCUGUGAGCACGAAACGGAAGCACUCAUCAAAGCUUCACCAUCGGUUGUAGAUGCAGAUCCAUUUUUUCCCGACGGUACAGCUUCGCUAAUUGCACGUCUUCCGGGUGAUCUGUGGUUGAUGCCUCCUCUAGAGAUCCCCCCCGAGGAUCCCCCCGGUGCAAUGAUGAACAGAGAAGACAGCUUGAUCUCCUUUUAUACGCUGGUGGCUCCGUCGCGAUUAACGCGCAAGAUAUGCACACUGAUGAAGAUCCCGCUGCUUCAUUGCCUCGCAAGGGUUCGCCACUAG